UUGUUUUCAUGUGUGAAUUUUACACUGCCCAAAAAAGGUAUAGCUCUUUUUAUGUAUGGAUUCCAAACUGCCCAAAAAUAUAUGACUGAUUUCAUGAAUAAUCUAUUACAUUAAAACACACUCACCAAGUAAGUGAACUUUGAAUUUUUUCCGAUUUCUCUCUCUAUGGCGAAGAUGAAGGGAAGGCAUAGGAAGAAUGGAUCGCCGAUCGAUCAAUCACAGGCUAUUCUUGGAUUUCGAACCGGCAGCUCUCGCAACACAGCAGAAAACAAGGCAGCUGGUAGCGAUGAUGGAAAGAAUAAGCAGAUCUGGGAACCGAAAAUGAAGGAAGAUGUGCAGUCCGAGAAGAAGGAUGCUACUCCAAGUACUGAAAAUGAGAAGCGGAAAGAGGAGGCCAAUGAUGGUAUCCAUCCAAAAUCAUAUGCAGACGUACUAAAAAUCCAGAUUGAAGUUCAAGUCCACCAAUCAUUCCCUGACAAGGUACAGUCUGUGGAUGAGGAUGAUAGGGUUAUCACUCAAGAAGUUGCUUAUGAGUGGAAACCUAUUCUGUGUGACCAUUGCAAUAAGCUGAGACAUGAUUCACUACAAUGUAGAAAUAAAGAGAAGGAUCAGAAGGGUCAAAGAGGGGGUCAGAAGAAAAUUUGGGUCCCAAAGCAAAAGAAAGCAAGGAAUAAGGAAGCUGAAAAUGGUGAAAGGAUAGAGAAGACAGACACCACAGAUAAGCCUAGGCAGGCUUAGAAGGACCAAGAUGGUUUUCAAAUUGUAAGUGGAAGGAAAGCAGUCACGAGAGUGAUAUUGAAGGAUAUAGGGGUAAGGGAAAACACCUUUUAUGAUGGUCAUUACCUUUUCUUUUCAUGAUAUUGUGCUGGAACAUGAGAGGACUUAAUAAUCCCACUAAGCAGUGGGAAGUUAUUAGAAUUAUUAAUAAAUACAAAGUAUGUCU